GAUCGGGCAGUUCUCUUUUCAAAGCUCAUCGCAGGUCAUUCUGGUAAGUGAAACCUCCACCCGGACAAAACCACAAUCUCCCACCUGGUCGUCCACCUCAGAUGAUCAUGGCUCGCUUCAUCAGAGCCGUUCAAAGGACCCUCCGUCUUCCUCCUCUUCAACGCUCCUCUAAAACCCUAAUUCAUGGUCUGCAACUGCCUUCCCUCCAAUCGCAUAACGCCACCUCCAAAUUCAUAUUCCAAACUCGGUCUUACCAAAACUCUUUCGAAAUUCUCAAAUCGCCCUUCGAGUCCAACGUUCUCAGAAUCCUUCGCAACGAGAUCGAAUACCUAACGGAAGAUGGGCCUCCUAAUCAGCCUCCCAGGAUAUUCAAUUCCUUUACUGUUGAAGAUCACCCUGGUCAGCAGUGGGUUACAUUGAGAAGCAAAUUUAGGGAGAAAGAAGACAUUAAAAUUGACGUUACAAUGUUUGAUGGGUGCAUUUUUAUUCCGAAACUUGAUGAUGAUUUCAAUGAAAAUGAUAUCACUGGGCAAGAACUGCGUCCCCACAUUAGUUUACUUGUUGACAUUUCAAAAGGGGAGGAUUGUGAUAUGUUGGAAUUUGUGUGCUCAGCAUGGCCAGACUCUUUGGAGAUUCAGAAAGUGUUCAUCUAUCGACAUGGACGGUUGCUUCCUAGGCCUUGGUUGGGACCUGGUUUUAAGAGUCUGGAUUAUAAGCUUCAGAAUGCACUUUGUGAGUUCUUGGAGGAAAGGGGGGUAAAUGAUGAACUUUCUGUUUUCUUGCAUGAAUAUAUGAUGAACAAGGAUAGAACUGAGCUUAUCCAGUGGUUGAGAAAUGUCAAGUCUUUUGUGGAGAAAUAGAGACAUUCUUUACUAUUUCCUGA